ACCGCCAGCGAUCGCCAUCGCGCACACAAUUGGCCCGCCCCAUCGCCCGUCUCCUGCCCCACUUGCUUCGGACGAUCUGCCGCAGGAUAUCGAGGCCCACUGAAGUGCUUUAAGCUGGCUGGAGGAAAAAGGGCCAUGGAUCCGACGGUGUCCACCCACUGGGACGUCAACUGCGACGGCUGCGGCGUAAUGGGACUGGAAUUCUACCGCUUCAAGUGCCUGCACUGCCCGGACUACGACCUCUGCAUGUCCUGCCACGACAACGGCGUGGUGACCGAGGACCACGCCCGGAGCCACCCCUUCCAGUGCCUGCUGGACCGCGCCGCCCUCGAGCUCCACUUCGCCGGGGAGCAGCUGCCGGAGCUGUGUGCGGACAGCUUCACGUGCCCGCUCUGCGGCGAGCUGGGCCUGACCGCCGAGGAGCUGAUCGAACACUGCCAGGAGCAGCACAGCUUCACCGCCACCGCCGUCAUCUGCCCGCUGUGCGUGGCGGUCCCCUCCUCGCACCCCGACCCCGUGGAGGACAUCGCCGACCACCUGGCCGCCAUGCACCGCCAGGGCAUCCUACGGGUCCAGGACGCCCGCUUCGGAUCGGGACUGGAAUCGGGAUUGCCAUCAGGGGCAGGCUUGCAAGGGGCAACGGCAACGGGAACGGGAUCGGGGACGGGAACGGGAACGGGAACGGGAACGGGAACGGUCAGUCAGCACUUCCUGCCGUCCGCCCAGAUGCCGAGAGUCCGCUUCAUCCUGCCUACGGGAUCUCCUCGCCUGGCGGCCUCCGAGGACCUCAGCGAUGACGAGGUGAUCUUGUUUCUGGACCAGGACGCCCAGUGAGCCCGCCCAUCGAAAGGCAACCAAUACGCUUCGAACCAAAAAUAUGAAUUUGUUGAUACGUACACCGAGGUAUAAGUAUCAUUAGUAUGCAAAUACUCCCACAAGAACUUUCCAAUAGGGUAGCAAUAAAACCGCAGUGCGAGUUGUUCCUCCAA